UCAAAUUACAAAAAAGUUUGUGGACGAAUAGUGAUGUGAUGUCGGUUUACAAAGUGGCUCAUGGGGUUUGAAACCAUUGCAUGUCCUGCUAAUGACACGUUCAGUAGAGCCGCUCGCAUCAGGGUACUUUUUGUUUAUUCCGUCUAACAGAUCGGAGCCGGAGAUCGGGCCAAAUUCACGCAUUUUUUGGAAGAUAUGGACUUAUAAACCUUAGUUUAAGUAAUGAAAGGUGUCGAAUCGUCAGGCUGAAAAUCACUGUUAAUGAACGUGUUUUGCGGAGUUUUGAGUGGAGUGAGAUUUGUACUUCGUUUUCCCUAAAGCAAGAUGGACUCUCGCUCGCUUGUCUGUCUUGUCAGACCCGAGAUCGACAUUUUGCACUGAGAAUGCAAACUUGAGCCUGGUCAGGCAUAGAUUAUUACGGGAGAUCAACGAAAUCAACAUUCGUUGAAGGCCAACUUUUGCACCAGGACUCUUAAUAAGCGCUCUACGAUAUAUAUUUUUUUCACUGCCUCAGUGUUAUUGAGAACUGAUCGCCACCGGUUUGCAGCAGAAAGUCUGGCUUACCUGAAAACUGCUACAACAUUGCAAUUACAGGAACUCGGUUGUACCUGUCCUGCGAUGCUGGUUUUCCACAGCGAUCGACAGAUACAAAGUCACCAUCACAUGACAGGCUGAGUGACAGCUUCAUCAUCUUCAUCUAUCAGAUAUUUCCAUUUUCUGUACCUAAAGUGCCACAAUGAAGGGUGGCAGCCGGAGUAAGGAGCCCCCGGUGGAGGGAGAGGGGAGUGGCAAGCGCCCAAAGCGUAAGUGUCUGCAGUGGCACCCGCUGCUCUCCAAGAAGGUGCUUGACUUCCCCGAGGAGGAGGAGGAGGACGAGGAGGAAGAGCUGGACAAGGAGCAGGCGCUGAGCCCGGAGGGGCUGGACGAGCUGGAGGACGAGGAUUCUUCAGAGCAGCGUGCCCGCCGCCCCAUGAAUGCCUUCCUGCUCUUCUGCAAGCGGCACCGCUCCCUGGUGCGCCAGGAGCACCCGCGACUCGACAACCGCGGCGCCACCAAGAUCCUGGCAGACUGGUGGGCAGUGCUGGAGCCCAAGGAGAAGCAGAAGUACACCGACAUGGCCAAGGAGUAUAAAGAUGCCUUCAUGAAGGCUAAUCCUGGGUACAAGUGGUGUCCCACGACCAACAAGCCAGUGAAGAGCCCCUCUCCCACCGUCACAACCAGGAAGAAAGUGUGGAGCUUCCCUCCAGACCCCUCCAAGGACUGCCCUGCUGCCAAAAGAAAGGGCAAGCUGGAGGAGAUGCAACAGCUUAACUUCGCUAUGGCAGAUCCUACACAGAUGGGCGGUCUCAGCAUGCUGCUGUUAGCGGGGGAGCAUGCGCUGACAGCACGAGAGAUCUCCUCAAGUACAUUGCCUGCAGAAACCCCAGGCUCUGACAGGCGGUGUGGGAAGUCAGCACUGUUUCAGCUUGCUGAGAUUUCCUCAAGUACACCCCAAUCAGAAGUAACAGAGCCUGCAAAGCACCCUGGGCAGUGCGCUCUCUUUCAGCUUGCAGAGAUAUCUUCCAAUACAUCCCGGGCAGGAGCCACCGACUCCUCGAAGCCGUGUGAGAAGUCCCCAUUGUUUCAGCUGGCAGAGAUCUCUUCGAGUACGUCUCAUUCCAUUGUCCCUGAAGCGAAGCCGUGUGGCCAGUCAGCACUCUUCCAGCUUGCGGAGAUGUGUCUGGCGUCUGAAGGAGUGGAAAUUGAAAGCUGUGCCAAAGCGCCAGAGAGCACCCCGCUCCCAGAAGCCUCUGCUCUAGGUGACGGUUCAGCGGGCAGCAAAGCAGGGACCGACAGCAAGCUGCAGAGCUGUGAAACUCCGGAUGAGCCGGGACAACUACCACCGCCAUCCUCCUCAUCUUCAUCUUCAUCUUCAUCCUCCGCCUCCUCCACCCCCACUGACGCCAGCCCGCCGGCGUUUGGCAAAGCAGAGAAAGUGAAAAAGAAGAAGAAAAAAGACAGGCCGGAGACUCCAAAAACCGAGAAGACCACGCACAAAAAGACCUGCAAGAAGCGCCAGUCGUCCGAGUCCGACCUGGAGAGCGUCAUUUACACGAUUGAGGCGGUCGCCAAGGGAGACUGGGGGAGCGCAGAAGAGGAGACCCCCCGAAAGAAGACAGGCUGCCCAUCUAGCGACAAGAGAACCCUAUCUGAUUCAUCCCCACCGAAGAAGAAGUUGAAGCCCAAAGUGAAGCAGCUGCAGAAAACUAAAGAGCACGAGUCGACCGAAGACUCGAAGCCGCCCCACUUGGAUUUGGAUUCCAUCAGCACCGAUGUGAUUUUGGCAGCAAAGGUUGAGGAGACUAGUAUAAAGAAAGAGGCACUCGCCGUUCCCGAGGAAGAGCCCGCCCCGAGCCCCCCAUCAGGGCACGUCGAAGCCGAGGAGAAGGACGGCCACGCAAAGGCAGAAACCUGCGGAUCCAGAAAGUCCGAGAGGACCUGCAAAGGCGCUCUGUACAAGACUCUUGUGUCGGAGGGAAUGCUGACAUCACUGCGGGCUAACGUAGACAGGGGUAAGAGGGGCUCUGGCAGAGGCAGUAUCUCCGAUCAGGAGGGUUGCUGGACUGAUGACAGCUGGACGUUUUCACAGACUGGGAGCAGCAACCCCAAGAAGCUAAAGAAAUCUAAAUCUAAAGAGGAAUCUGUACUUGGUAGUUUAGGGAAGCUGGAAGAAGAAUUUGAAAAGAAAUUCAACAGCCUGCCGCAGUACAGCCCUCUGACCUUCGACCGCAAGAACAUCACGACCACCACAAACAAGAAGAAAAGCAGCGGGAACGGGGCGUCCGAGCAGCAGAGACCAAACAAAGGGGGUUCAUCUCCGUCACAGAAAAAGAAUUUAUUUCACAAAAUCGUCAACAAGUAUAAGCACAAAAAGGAGAAACCCACCACGUUGGAUAAAGCCAUAGUAUCCCAAGACACAAGCCCGACUGAGGCUGCCCAGAAAACAAAGGCUUCAGUGCCGUCAAACCCCCUCCUUCCAGAGCCAGCAGCAGGAGAGGGAGAGCCUCUGGUGGGCAGCCAGAAGAGGAAGGCAAGGAAGAAGAAAAUCACUCACCUGGUGCGCAGCGCGGACGGGGGGGUGUCCCUUGCAGAAGGAGACCGAGCUGGGGAACUGUUACAGGACCAUGAGGAGAAGCCAUUCAACCAAGAGACUUUAUGCAACGAGGACCGAGGGAGCUGCAGAGACACGCAGGCCCAUUCAGAGUGCAGUAUUACAGCAGACAUGCCAAGUGUGUCUCCUAUCCCAGCCUUCUUCAGCCUAGCUGCACUGGCAGAGGUGGCGGCAAUGGAGAAUGUGCACAGGAAGCAGCACACGGUACCCAUGCAACGGGAAGGCACACCGAGCGACAUGGCCCAAACCCCAGUGCUCAUUUCCUGUGCAGACCAGUGAAGGCAUACCCUUUAAAAUCAAAACAAAAACAAACAAACAAACUGUGUGCUUUUCUGUUUUUGAAUCCCCUUCCCAAGUCCUGACUAUGGAAGGCCCGUGUGGGAUUUUGUCCUGAGCGACUUCAGUUCAGCUUGUGUGUUCGGGGGAGUCGAUUUUAACACCACGGGGACUGGACCUCCUGUAGCUGGUCCCAGAUCUUAGCUUGCCACCCGAUGGCUGUAACAGGUUAGCAGAUAACUGCUGUGUGCUGAGAAGGCUGCCUUUUUUAUGGUCAAGUGUUGUAACAAAAGUGCAUUUUUUAUUUUAUUUAUUUUUUUUUUUUACUUGGCUUUCUGUUUUUUCUUAAAUGAACACAGUAAGUUAUUUACUCAAGGUGUCUCAUCUUGAGUGGGAUCCAUCCCUAGUGAAGCGUCAUGCACAGGAUUGCACAGCAGGAAGGUGGCUUCAAUCACGGUUAAACACAGUAACCCUUAUAAAGACACGGCUGAAAUUGUGUGGUAAACCAACAAUUAAAUAAAAAGAAAGGUGGGUUGAAGAACCUCUAUUCAUGAUAAGUUUGAGUUGGGUUUUCAUUGUACAGUGUAAAACGAGGCGAGCAAUCAUGUUGGUGGUCUUCUGUACGUUUUGCUCCGAGCUCAGAUCGAUAGAUCCUCCUUUUAUCAGUCUACUAGAUAAGAAGUCUACUAGGCAAGGUGAAUGGAACCGGCCCUUUCUAUAGCCAUCGCCAGCAAGGCCUUUAUGCAAUCGUGCUUUUAAAGUUUUCUUUUUAUCACGCUGGAAAUGCAAAGGUGCUUCCUUGGCCAAGUCUCCACGCUUCUUGUGUCCGACUCGUCUGGUAAUGUAAUGGGAUUGGUCCAGAUGAUCCAGUCAGCAUGCAAGAGUACGGUCUGAUUUCACACCGUAGAACAUCAAUACACGUGUUGUAUCUGAGUAUUAGUAAAAUGUUCAGUUUAAACAAUGACUUUGAAAUACUUGAAAAAUGAAACAAAUGCAUUUUUAUGCCGACACUUGACCAUAUAGAACAGUAGCAUUUGAAAAGCUAGUGUGAAUGUGUGAUGCUAGUUUUCUAUGCUGCUCACCGGAAGUUAAAUAGCAUAGACACACUGCACUCCUUUCUAGCUGGAAAUGCUUGUGCUUGUCUUGUUUUAUUUUAUUUUUUUGUUUCUUGUUUUGUUCUGAGAACCGUUCACAAAUUUCCAUUUGGAUUGAUCCUCAGUGUUUGUUAAAGUUUAUAACAUGUACUGUUACCGUCAAGACCAUUUUAAUUUGUGAUAUGAAUGAUUAUUGAUGAAUUCUUAUUCAGUUUUUAUGACACUGGAACAAUAAGACAUUAAUUCCCAGUCCAUGUGUCUGUUACCAUUCUAAACCCAUUGUAUAUUAUUUAUGAAUCAUUUUAAUCUUUGCUUGUACAUAUAGAGCUUGUGGAUGAAUGUACCAUUAUUAAUUGGGUUGGGUUCUACGCAGUGGUAAAGCAUGGCCUCAUUCUUUUAAAGAGCAGACUUUUUAUCGGGCAUUGUUAUUGCUGAAGUGUUGCGCUUGGGUUUGUGGUUACAAAGUAGGCCAACACAGCACACUUCUGUUUGUUGUCCUAUUGCAAAGUCAGACUGAGAUACUGUGUGUUAUUGCCCUUAGCUUUUUGAAAAUGUCUCUCUUAUCGCUGGGGGUGCUUCAAAGUUAAAUAUACUGUCUAAUGUCAAAGAUGUUCCUACUACAAAAAAAAAAGAUCAAUUCUACUUCCCUUUUUGAAAUCUCCUUUACCUUGGGAAGAAAGGUUGACUGCUGACUAAGCUUCCGGUUUCCUGCUCCCCUCUUUGAAAGGGUUUUGCUCAUUUAUACUGUUUUGCCUUUGUUGGAAUUCCAGUAACGCUUCAGUAGCUGACAUAACCAGCAUAAUUUGAAAUUCUAAAAGGGAGGUUGAAGUGAACUGUGCGCUUAACGUUUUGAACAUACGAGUAGGAGCUAAUCUAAAUAAUUUUCUGUUGAUAAAUAUAAACAAAUUCACUUUUGUUGUUUGUUUUUUUUUUUUGUUUACCUGCUGCUCAUUGUCUUGAUCACAGAACAAUCCUAUAUUGUUAUGUGUUGCUUGGGACAGCUUUUAUUUUUAUGGUUUGUAUGAUUUUAAGAAUUAGUAGCCUGACAGACUAUCAGUAAAUAUUGCAUUUCUUCCCCUCCUAAGGAGGGACAUGCUUUGCUUACCUCUGCAUCCCCUCCACACACGCACACACACAUGCAGGCAGACUGAGAGGGACCCAUUACUGGUGAAGUAGCUGCUUGGAUGGAAUUUAAACACUUUCACUCUGGUUGAAAUGAAGUCCCAAGGUACUGUACAGAAAGGCUGAUGCAGUUAGGGACAAAUUAGCUGAAAGCAGGGAAGGAUUCCUCCAAUUGCUUGCGUCAUCACUAAGGACGUCGGUAUGCUUGUGCGUGCGUGUGUGUGUGUGCGUGUGUGUGGAAGAAGUGUUCUUUGGGAGAGCUUUAGGCUGCUAGUGGUUAGAUUAAACUGUUGAUGGGAGGCAAGGUGAACUUUGUCAACUGAGCUUCGCACUUCGCUAAAAAAAGAGUGACGCCAUGCUUGCUGCUGUAGAACUAGAGGGAUUCUGGUUACAAUACCCUUUUAUGAUGGUACAACAAUACUGUAUCAAUGUUCUCUUGUUUGUUAAAAUGAGUCAUAUAUUAAUUUCUGUUUUUUUAAAGUUUUUAUUUCAUUUCAA